GUGAUCGUCUCGAAUUACAUUGCAGGCUGAUUAGCUCAUUGCACUGCAUUGCCCUUUUCUUGUGCUACGCAGGCUACGCUCACCGCUCAUCACGCUUGAUCACGCUGUGCUGUGCUACGUGACAUUGUACGAUAGAUCAGUAGAAAAAUUAAAUCAAAUUAAAUUUAAUAAUGUCGAUAGCACUUGGAAUGUGCGAGACACCCGGUUGUAACGCCGUUGCAAGUCUACAAUGUCCAACUUGCUUGAAAAUCGGCAUCCAAGGUUCAUAUUUCUGCAGCCAAAAUUGUUUCAAAAGUAGUUGGAAAAUGCAUAAAGUUAUCCAUCAGUUGGCCAAGGGAGAAAAUGGAAACAAAGUUCCUGAUGCUUAUAAUCCUUGGCCAACUUACAAUUAUACUGGGAAAUUACGGCCAUAUAAGAAAGAACAACGUAGAGAGGUUCCCGAGCGUAUCACUCGACCAGACUAUGCCUUACAUUCAGCUGGGAUACCACUGAGUGAACAAGCUGUUAAAGGUUCUGGCCAGAUAAAAAUUCUCGACGAUGAAGAAAUUGAAGGCAUGAGAAUUGCAUGCAAGCUUGGUCGAGAAGUCUUGGACGAAGCUGCAAAAGCAUGUGACGUUGGUGUUACAACAGCCGAAAUUGAUAGAGUGGUACAUGAAGCUUGUAUCGAAAGAGAUUGCUACCCAUCGCCGUUAAAUUAUUAUCAGUUUCCUGCUAGCUGUUGCACUUCUGUUAAUGAAGUGAUUUGCCAUGGUAUACCUGACACUCGACCCUUGCAAGAUGGUGAUAUUUGUAAUGUUGAUGUUACGGUAUAUCACAAUGGUUUUCAUGGAGACUUGAAUGAGACCUUUUUAGUGGGUAAUGUAAAGCCAGAAAUAAAAAAGUUGGUGGAAGUGACAUAUGAAUGUUUGUCUAAGGCUAUUGACAUUGUGAAACCUGGUGAAAAGUACAGAGAGAUUGGUAAUGUUAUACAAAAGCAUGCACAGGCACAUGGUUUCAGUGUAGUUCGUAGCUAUUGUGGCCAUGGAAUUCAUCGUCUGUUUCAUACCGCGCCGAAUGUACCGCAUUAUGCCAAAAAUAAAGCAGUAGGUGUUAUGAAACCUGGACACUGCUUUACAAUCGAGCCAAUGAUAUCUCAAGGCACGUGGAAGGACGAAACAUGGCCUGAUAAUUGGACUGCUGUCACAUUAGAUGGUCAAUGGUCAGCGCAAUUCGAGCAUACACUUUUAGUAACGGAGACCGGUUGUGACAUUCUCACGAAACGGCUUGCAAAUAACGGUAGGCCAUGGUUUAUAGAUCAUUUGUAGUAGCGUUUUUUUCUCCUUUAUUUUCCUGUAACGUACGUUUCAAAAGAAACGAAUUCGUGCGAAUCGAUAGGAAUCUAAUGUAAGUUGUUUUGUAUAUUUUCCAAAAACUAUACAGUAACUUUCUGUCUUUGCAAAUGUAUAGUAAUAACUAAAAAGAAAUAAACAGCAUGAUUGAAUUACCCUUCCAA